AUGGUCACAUCUGCUGCACACUGUUUAACUGAGAAAGAACGCAAGGCAGAAGAAGAGGAUGAGAAAAGAUUAUCCUUGUUGAUUUAUGCACGUAUUCCGGUCACAAGUUGGCUUCAACACUAUAAACGUGCACAUCUCGCGCCUGAUAUUGCUGCUGGAUUAACGUUAGCCAUUUAUAAUGUACCUCAAGGAAUGGCUUAUUCUGUUCUCGCUACUCUUCCAGCAGUUUAUGGACUAUACGCAUCGUUCCUCCCACCGCUCUUCUAUUUUCUUUUCGGCACCUCCAGACAUAUUUCAGUGGGUGUAUUCUCUUUAACUUGUUUGAUGGUUGGUCAAGCCAGAUUAUCGAUUCUUCCUGAUUAUACGAAUGGAACGCAUGCUACCGAAUAUAAGGGAAUUAACGAUCUGGCUCCUAUUGAUGUUGUUAUCGUUCUUGGAUUCGUAACUGGUAUUGUACAAAUUUUUAUGUGGAUCCUCCAAUUAUCCUUUCUCUCCGCCUAUCUCUCCGAUUCGGUGGUAUCCGGAUUAACAUUUGGCGCAGUUCUCCAUGCUCUUAUCGCACAGUUCCCUAAUUUAAUUGGAAUCAAAUUGGAAUCUGUGGAAACGGAUGGUUUUCUACAUAUUUUAACGAAAUUAAAAGCGAUUUUCAUUGCGGUACCACGUGCCAACCUAAUAACACUCGCCCUGUCAGCAUCUACAAUUUUAUUUCUUGUAAUUUUUAAACGAUUCGUGGAACCUUGUUUUAGAAGAUGCAAAAUUCCAUUGCCAUCUGAACUCGUUGCUCUUAUAUUGGCCACCAUAAUUUCGAAUAUUGGACAUUUACAGGAUCGUUACAAUAUAAAGAUUGUUAAUCAUGUCCCAGUUGGAUUUCCCACUCCGAAAAUCCCUCGCUUCGAGUUGAUCCCAGACUUACUAGGCCACGCGAUAAGCAUCGCUAUUGUUUCAUACGCUGUUACAGUAUCCAUGGGAAAACUUUUCGCACGAAAGCACAAAUAUCAAAUUGAUACCAAUCAGGAAAUGUUGGCGCUUGGAUUUGCGAACUGUUUUUCAUCGUUCUUCUCAGUUUUUCCUACAUCCACUUCAUUAUCACGAAGUAUGGUAAAUGAGGGAGCGGGAGCUCGAACCCAAGUAUCCGGUUUUGUAUCUGCAAUUGCAAUUCUUGGAGUAAUUUUAUUUGUUGGUCCUGUACUAGAACAACUUCCAAUCUGUAUUCUUAGCUCUAUUGUUACGGUAGCUCUAUCUUCAUUAUUGGCUAAACUUCUGGAGAUACCAGUUCUUUGGAAAUUCUCGAAAAGUGACGUGGUGGCAUGGGUGGGAACUGCGUUCGUCACAUUUUGUUGGGAUAUUAUCGAAGGACUCGUGUGUGGAAUGCUUAUUUCUCUGAUGACUGUUGUUCUCCAAACACAAAGGCCCAAUGUUACCUUGCUUGGCAAGGUCGGGGACUCUGAGUAUCGUUCUCUGGAUAACUAUACUAGUGCGACUCCAACGAAAGUUCCUGUGAUCAAGUUCGAUGCACCGGUAAUUUUUACAAACGCAGAGCUAUUCAAGAAUCAUAUAAGGAGUCUAUUGAAGAUUGAACAAGGCGACGAUAACGGGAACAUGCUUCCAAUGGACGAUACGAUCUGGAUGGCUAUCGUUCUUGACUGUAGCUCAUGGACAUAUACAGACGCUAUGGGAGUGAACGCUAUCAAAGAGAUAAAUGACGAACUACUCAAGAAGAAAUUCUUGCUGAUUUUUGCAAAUCUGAAAAGCGAUAUACGCAUUCAGUAUGCACGUGCCGGACUCUUCAAGACUCUACAGGAAGAUCAGUUCUGUCCUACGGUUAACGAUGCCUUAGCUGUUGCUUCGAUACUACAGUCGAAUUCAUAUAGUUUUUUCCCAGCAAAAAACUACGACAAAAUCCGUGUCGUAUGA